AUGCUUCCCUGGCUGCUGGCCUUGACUAUUUCAGCGCUAACAGGAUCCACUGUUGGCCAUGGAGGCGGCAGUGAGAGAAACUGCUCCAUAUCUCCACCAUACAUCCCCAGUACAGCCGUCAAUAGCACUCUUCAGCUGCAAGAACUCAGAAAGAAAAUGCUCCCGCUGAAGAUUUCUGCGUACAUUAUUCCUGGCACUGAUGCUCACCUGAGUGAAUACAUUGCCCCUCGUGACGCCCGGAUGGCCUUCAUGACUGGCUUUAAAGGCUCAUCAGGCACCGCAGUGGUAACUCCGACCAAAGCAGCUCUCUGGACAGACAGCCGCUACUGGGUUCAAGCUGAGAGGGAGAUGGACUGCAACUGGGAGCUGCAGAAAGAUGUGUCUGUCGGCUCAAUUGUCCAGUGGCUCAUAGCAGAAGUACCAAAAGGUGGCCAGAUCAGCUUUGACCCCUUCCUUUUCUCACUCAAGAAGCACGAGGAGUUUGAAAUCGCUCUUGAAUCCUCCAAUAUCACCUUCAAGUCUGUUUCCAACCAACUGGUGGAUGAAGUGUGGCCGAACCGACCUCCGAUCCCCCCGGACCAGCUGAUCCGACUGCCAGACAGAGUCAUACAAAGAACGUGGCAGGAAAAGGUGCAGGACAUCAGGAGGCAGAUGGCCGAGAGCCUGUAUGAGCCCACCGCUCUGCUCCUGUCGGCGCUGGAUGAGACAGCCUGGCUGUUCAAUAUGCGAGGAAAAGACAUCCCAUACAAUCCCUUCUUCUACUCCUACACACUUUUGACCAUGGAUGAAAUUUGGCUGUUCUUGCACGAGCACAGACUCACAGAUGAACUGAAGGUGUAUCUGAACUCGUCCUGCAGCGGGCCGCUCUGUGUGCAGCUCCGCAGCUAUGACUCUGUCCUGGAGCAGGUUCAGGCGUAUGUGGCCAAAGCACAAGUCAAAGUGUGGAUCGGAGCAGAUUACACAAACUACGCUCUUUUCGAGAUCAUCAAACCAAAGGACAAGAUCAUGACCACCUCAUACUCUCCUGUGUUGACCACAAAAGCUGUGAAGGAUGAGACGGAGCAGCGGAUCCUGAGAGAGGCACAUGUGAGGGAUGCUGUGGCCGUGGUCCAGCUGCUGAUGUGGUUGGAAAAGACAGUUCCUGGAGGAAAAGAGACUGAACUGAGUGCAGCGCAUUACAUCAACAUGUGUCGUCAAAAACAAAAGGACAACCGGGGUCCAAGCUUUGAGACCAUCUCAGCAAGUGGACCAAAUGCCGCUCUUGCUCAUUACAGUCCAACAAAUGGAACAGACAGAAAGCUAACAGUGAACGAGAUGUACCUGGUGGACUCUGGAGGACAAUAUCUAGAUGGGACCACCGACAUCACACGAACAGUACACUGGGGCACUCCUACUGCCAUGCAAAAGGAAGCGUACACUCGAGUGCUCAUGGGAAAUAUAGAAAUCUCACGUACAGUUUUUCCAUCCGGAACGAGAGGUGUGAAUAUGGAAAUGCUGGGCCGCAGAGCCUUGUGGGAGGUGGGCUUGAACUAUGGACAUGGAACUGGCCAUGGUGUUGGAAACUAUUUUGGAGUUCAUGAAUGGCCUGUGGGCUUUCAGAGCAACAACAUCCCCUUCACAGAGGGCAUGUUCACAUCUAUAGAGCCCGGAUACUACAAGGAGAACGACUUUGGCAUUAGGAUUGAAGACAUUGCUGUGACUGUACCUGUUAAAACCAGGUUAGGAAACAGGUUUCUGACGUUUGAGACCGUGUCUCUGGUGCCAUACGACCGUAAAUUGAUCGACACUGCUCUCCUGAGCCCACAGCAGCUGCAGUGGCUCAACACUUACUAUGAAACGAUCCGGAGGGUCCUGGGCCCCGAGCUGGACCGUCAGAACCUGUCUGAGGAGAAGUCCUGGGUCCUGAGGAGCACAGAGCCCAUCACAAACGCUGCAGCCUCAAUCACCUUCUGUGCUUUGCCAGUCCUCACUGUGUGUGCGCUGAUUCAAAGCCUCCUGUAG